GAAGCAGAUCGUGUCUUGAAGAUCCUCAGACAGCACGAGGAUCAGUACCACGCCAUAGACACGGAGGUCCGUGGUUGGACCCCAGAAGUAACGCCCUACGGCCACGGAGAGGUAGUCUGCUUCAGUAUCUUCGUGGGCCCAAACGUGGAUUUCGGUUCUGGCGCCCAGCUCCUUGUGGACAACAUGGAUGAGGAUGGAAAUCUCCGUGGCCUCGUGGAGCACUUUCGGGAAUACUUCGAGGAUCCCGGGAUCAAGAAGGUCUUCCAGAACUAUGCCUUUGACCGGGCCAUUCUGCUGAACCACGGGUGCCGAGUG